AUGCACCUUCAACUAUCACCGUUUGUGAACAGUGUGAAGCCGAACGGGGCCGAGGUCUUCGAGCCGCUGGGGUCAGGUGUGGUGUUCGAUGACUACGGUCACGUAGUCACCAACUAUCACGUGAUUGGGAAGUACAUUCUGGACAAGACCGGCGCUGCGGGGAUCAAAGUCGUCGUGGAGCGGCCGGACGGCACCGACGCCAUGCGCGACCUGGCGGUCCUGUCCAUUACCGACGGCGCGCCGCCCGAGCUGCGGCCGCUGCCGCUGGCCGCGUCGGGGGCGCUGAAGGUCGGGCAGAGCGUGUAUGCGCUAGGGGCCCGCUACGGCGAGGGCAAGUCGCUCAGCGCGGGGGUCGUGAGCGGCUUGGAGCGUGCCAUACCUGCCCCGACGGGCACGCGCAUUUACGGCGUCAUCCAGACCGACGCGUCCAUCAACGCCAUCAACUCGGGCGGCGCGCUGGUGGACUCGUUCGGCAACCUGGUGGGCCUGUCAACGGCCAUCUUCACCAACAAGAGCACGGGGCGCGGCAGUGGCGUGAGCUUUGCACUGCCCACAGAGAUGCUGCGGGAGGUGGUACCAAACCUGAUUGUGUACGGCAGCGCUUCGGGGCGCGGCGUGCGAGGCGCGACGCCCAGCUAG